ACCAAAGCGCCUGGAAUCUCCGCAAUUCUCUAUCAAUAUGUUAUGUCUACUACCUACACUUGGUUGUGUUUGAUGAUACCCAUCCAGUACUCUUUCAGAUAAGUUUGUUUCUUAAGGCGGUGGUGGUUGUAAAACAUCUGUGGUUCUUUGACAAUAACUCCGCCUCUCUAAUCAGUUUAAAGAGUUGUAUUGACAAACAUUGGAAAAUGCUAAAAAAAUGCUGUUUCUGCGUUAAAUUGCGCAAAGCCUGCAUCAUAAUAGCCAUCGUGGACUUCCUCUUUAACGUAGUGGUGCUCAACUUGGCGGGUCAUGAGUUCAUCGCACACAUGGAGCAGGCGGUGGCCAUCUGCCAUUGCAUCGGCUGCACAUUCCUGCUCGGCGGAGCUCUAAUCAGAUCCACUGUUCUGCUGAUGUUCUUCCUCAUCACCAGCCUGACCAACUGCAUGAUCCUGAUCGUGUACUGCAUCUACAUGCUGAUUAAGAAGGAGCGGUACCGGGAGAUAAUUGUCCCAGGAUCUGCAAUAUAUAUAUGCUGUGGCAUCUACUUCUGGAUUGUCGUCUACUCGUAUUAUGCCGAAGUCAGAAAUCCCGAAGAAGUCGUGGAAGUUUAAUUACCCACACAGAAAUAAUAAAAUUGCCUUCUGGUCCGGAUUGUGUGAUCCAUUUUUCCAGGUGCUUCUGAUUUCAAAAGUUAAUUGCAAUUAUCCUUAAUGUUUGUUUGGUAAGCUCAAAUGAAAUUAGAAAAUCAGAUUCCAAAGUAUAUAUUAAAACAAAUUAAAGCAA